AUGACGAAUGGAGGAACGGUGCGACCAGCGCGCUGGGGGCUUCCGCUGGAGCUCCUAGCCUUUCAUUUUCUAAUGUGCCGCGGAUCAGCCCUCACUAACCAAGCGUUUUGGUGGGUGAUCGGCUUGCACGACGGUGGAGUCUCGCUACGUGAGAUUUCACGCAGAACCGGCCGCUCAAGAACGGCUGCGAGGAGCGCGAUCAAGGCGGAGAGGGGCCCGCAGAGCGGCGACAGCAGAGAGAAGCCAAGGGCAGGACGACAACCUGCUCUCACCGACCGAGAAGUGCGGCAGAUCGUGCGAGCGACUUCGACGGGCAAGUUCUUUGCCGCGGAGCUCAAGACCCAGUUCGGUGUCAAGGCUUCCGUGUAA